UACAUCUUAUAAGAAUCUCCGUGGAAUAUCGAUAUGAUAUAAGCUAGGGUAGUCCUUUCCGCGAUGUUGUCUUUCCUGCGUGUGUAUUAAGCUGCUAAUUUUUGAGAGUCUCGUUGAAUUUCGCGAAACGGCCGGCGGUAAAGCAUUUCCGAGGCGGGACGCGCCAAAAAGGCAGGGAGAAGUUUUAAUUGGAUGUCAAACGAAGGUGCUGAUUAAAUGCAGAUAAAAGUGCUUUCUCAUCCUAUUAACGAUUCAUAUCGAAAAUUAAAGUUGAUUUAACGGUAAGCCUUGGCGCGAAAAAAGAUAGGGGAAACGCUGAAAAGAAAACAUGGUCACAAAACGUCCACUUCAAUUCUGCUGUCACUUCAAUCGUAGAUAAAUAUCUCGAUCGAAGUUUGUUUAGUAGUAGUUUGGAACGGUCUCUCUUUUAACAGACUAUAUAUACCACAUCGCACGUCCCAUUCCUGAAGAUGAUUGUUAAUAUUUUCUUGACUGUCAUUGCCGUAGUCGCUCUGGUCGGCAACCUGCUUGUCGUUAUGUUGCUUUUGAAGAAGCGUGAUUGGUUGAAAAAGGUUCAUUCUUGCUUGCUAUUGGCCCUCGCCGUCCAGGACGUCCUAACCGCAAUCGGAAUCCUCGUUUUGCCCGGAUUUGUGCAGUCAUCAAACAUUUAUAGGGUGCCUCAGAGCACGAUUUUGGGGCGGUGGUAUUGCAGCGUCAUUUGGUCAAGAUACAUUCCGUUCGCCCUUGCCAUCACGUCUAUCUAUACGUGCCUAAUGUUAGCCUUCGACCGAUGGUUUGCCGUCUUCAGGCCAGUGUCGUAUAAACGAUUCAGUGCGUCGGUCAGAGCCAUCGUGAUCAUGGUAACGCUUCCAUGGAUUGCAGGCUUCGGGUUUGAGAUUAAUACGGCGCUCAACGUGAACCAUUUGGCGCAGAGCAAUGCCAAUGCCAAUGGAACUUACAUUUGCCGAUGGAAUAAGUUUGAUACCACAACAAGUGGCGGAAUAAUUGCAGUGGUCACAUUUACAGGAAUGAUUGUCCUCCCCGCCAUAUUGAUGAUCUUUGUUUAUUCAAAAAUCAUACUUCGACGCAAAGAACAAGUAAUCCGGAUUAUUCCUAGGCUGGUAGACUUACGAAGGAACGAUUCAAUCGUUGUGGAGAACGACCGCGAAUCGGCCUCAACGGCAGGACAAGAUGAAACCAACUCCAACUCUACAACGGGUCUCAGCAGAUAUUUGCAGUCAAGUUCGAACACCUCGUUGAAACGGCUCACGAGAAUCGCCUGCGCUGCGUCGGCCAUCGUGAUAGUUUGCUGGCUGCCGGAUCAAUUUUACUUCUUCCUAUUUCAGCUGGGGUUGGUCGAUUUACGGAACAAACUCCACGACGGGCUGAUCAUUCUGGCCUUCCUGAACACGUGCCUCAAUCCCGCCAUAUAUUGUUUUUCAAACAAGCAAUACGCAGGCGAGUUCGAGACGCUGCUGUGUUGCGUGUACUACCAGGAGCGCCGCGAGUCGGUCAGACAACGGGCUCAAAGCGAAAGGACAUAAAAAGCAGUGAAACCGAGAUUGGGAUAAGACGACAUUGCAA